AUGAGCUGCAAAUUCGUGGGUCUGAGUACAAAGAUCUGGAAUGGAGCUGUGCUUGCAUGUGCUGGGCUUGAAGGGAAAGCAUGGAGGAGCCAAGCCCAAGGCAGAAGGAUGGAGGCGCUGGGCUUCGGAGCAGAUGCUUGGAGAUGCGAUGGGCCUUACGCACGACGCAGGCUUGCGCUGGGCUGGACCACGAGGUGCGUGCUGACGAGGAGCGAGAGGCCUUGUGCGCUGCACAUGCCUGGCGUGACGUGGGCCGAAGGGAUGCGCUAG